CGGAACUUCAAUACUACAUUUAGGUUAUUUCCGGAGGAUUUUGAUUGCCGGACCAAACAAUGCCAAAGCUUUUAGGACUUAGCGUUGUGGAUUUACUAUGGUUGUCAUUGGCUUUAUGUUUUCUAUUAGCUUUUUGUGUCCACAGACUUACACUUCACCUACCGACUAGAUAUGAAAAGUCCAAAGUGAAUAUAUUAUUCCAGGAUGUAAUUCGAUACGGUAAAACAAAGGGGCUAUUGAAACGAGAACAUUGGCAGCACGUUUUUGAUAUUCCAAAAAGAUGGUUCUGGCACUUCUAUGCGAUCUCCAUUGGCUGGAAUGGUUUGCUUAUUGUCCUCUCAUUUCACGUGAUUGUAUGGGGCCAGCAAUUCCCAUCAUGGUUGACUGACAUAUUAAGAUAUCUGACUGGUGGACCAGUGGCAGUCAAACGAGUUCCACAGGUGUCGACUGUGCUGGUGCAAUUGCUGCUAUGGGUCCAUUCCCUCAGGCGACUACUGGAAUGCCACUUAGUCAGUGUGUACUCUGAUGGGGUCAUUCACAUUGUUCAGUAUUUAUUUGGCCUCGGCUACUACAUUUUGCUGGGACUGACAGCACUGUGUUCGGAUCCUUUGAUAACUGAAGACGGGAGCCCUGGUUUCCCACUCCUCUCACAGCUACAGUGGUACCAUGUGACUGGCAUGGUUAUUUUCUCCUGGGCCUCGUUGCUGCAGCAUCGCUCCCUGGUCCUGCUAGCCAGACUACGCACUAGAGGAUCUGGAACAGUGGAGACUCUUGCCCAUAGGGUUCCGAGGGGAGGCUGGUUUGAGCUGGUCUCAUGCCCUCAUUACUUUGCUGAACUGCUGAUCUAUGCAUCUCUGGGGAUUGUCUCUACCAGUCACACUCUCACCUGGUGGCUUGUUUUCCUUUAUGUGCUCUUCAACCAGGCACUGGCCGCCCAGCUCUGUCAUGAGUUUUACAGAAACAGGUUUCAGUCUUACCCAAAGCAUCGCAAAGCAUUCAUCCCUUAUUUAUUGUAACCGAUACAUGAGGUGAACCAAAGCAUGUUGUCAAUGUGAUUUAUUUUGUAAAAACAAUUUGGCUCAUGACAUACACCUAAAGACAUUGUUAAUAAUUGUGGCUCAAUGACGACUCCUCACAGAAUCGAGCAUACAGGCAAAGAAGGAUCUGGCUUGCUUGCAUAACAGCAUAUUAGAGAAUGGUUGCUUUAGGGUGGCAAGCUCCUCAAACUCUAGUUUACCAGCAAUGGAUUUCUUCCUACAUAGAUAUAGCUCAAUUUCUACAAUCAGUCUCUGAGGUUUAUUGUGCAAACUCUAUCUACAUGUGGACUACAGCCCUGGAAAGGGGAGUGGGUGGGGGUUAAAUGUGUAAUAUUAGUGUUUGUUGCUAGUUUGUGCUGUUUUGUAUUGUUAAUUACAAUUUAUCAAUCAAAAUACUGGAGGCAUUAUUAAAACUGCAAUGAAUGUAAGCAAUAAGGCACGAAGGGGUGUGAUGUAUGGCCAAUAGACCAGGGCUAAGAGCUGUUCUUAGGCAUGACGCAUUGCGGGGUAUAUACACUGAUCAGCCAUAACAUUAUGACCA